AUGCGGCAGAGGAGAUCUGGCGGCAGAUCAGCCCAGCGCCUUUUCGGCGCCAUGGCGACUGGCGGAUUCGGCAUGCUAGGGUUUGGGUUUGGUUUAGGAAGAAUUGAGCACUCAAAGGCUCAAAGUAUCCAGGAAGAGAGCACAAGCAACAUUGCCGGUGUGCAGCAAUACUGGGAGCAACAAAGAUAUCUCCGGAAGAAAAUUUGGCUUGAAACGUGGCUAAGACGGGAAAUUCAGGCCCUUACUCGGGAUGAGAACGUUGAGGCCAUAGUCUACCACAUUCACGGUGUCAUUGGAUCCUUCAUGAAGAGGCUUGAAAUGGAGCACAAGUCAAGGACGAUUUCACCAGAGAAGAGGAGGGAAGAGUUCAGGAGAUUGGUCUCUGAUGCUGCUAGGCCAUUCCUCCUUGGCCGAACAGAGCGAUUUGUCACCGAGGUGGAGCUCUUCCUGGUUUCAAAUCUCAACAUGGAAGCGUACAACAAACUGCGCGUUCAGAGGUUUAGGGAGUCCAGUUCCCAUCUGACAAGAGAGCAAGAUACGCUGCCUCAUGAUCGGUCUCUUGAGGAGCACUACUUGUAUUUCGUAUGUAACGACACGGACUGUGAUGAGAUGUAG